AUGAAGUCCUCCGUGCUGAUGACGGCGCUCUGCGUCGCCGGGUCCCUGGCGGCCGAACAAAUCAGCCCUCCAAAUGAGGUCGUUGUUACUUCAACGUCGGUUGUAGUUAUUACUACGACCAUGACAACCACCGUCCCUUGCCCAACGGUCCUACCAACCACUUCGUACAAGCCAGAGCCGACCUCCAAGCCCCCCGUUAUCCCUCCUGUGCCGACCUCGUCCGCAAAGCCACUCCCACCACCUCCUGUUAGUCCUCCUGCGGUGCCCUGUCCUGAGCCCGAAACAUCAACCAUCGCUCCUCCUCCACCACCACCGCCUUCCUCUGCUCCUCCACCACCAGCGCCGCCACCAUCGCAGCCUUCUCAGGGCCCUGCACCUCCUCCACCACCGCCAGGGAAUGACUACAAGGGGUUAGCUUGCCACCAUCACAACAUUCACCGUUCCAACCACUCUGCUCCUGCUCUCACCUGGUCCAGCGCUCUGGAAAGCAGCGCCAGAAAGCUCGCCGAGAGCUGCAGAUACGGCCAUGACACGAGCAUUGAUGGCGGUGGAUACGGCCAAAACAUCGGAUACCAGUCCGGAUACAACAGCGUUGCUUCUCUCCUAACCCAACAAAUGUAUAAUGAGGAGGUCGUUCUCUUUGACGGCAACUAUGGCAAUAACAACCCAUCCAACUUCCAUGCAUGGGGCCAUUUCACCCAGAUGGUCUGGGUUGGUACCACCCACGUCGGCUGUUUCACUGCCCAUUGUUCCAACCUCGGGGGCCAGGGCUCUGGCGGAGACGCCUAUUACACUGUUUGCAACUACAGCCCGCCUGGAAACGUCCUUGGCCAAUACGCUGCGAACGUCAAACCUCCACGAGGGCAGCCUGUAGUUACUGUGUAA